GACAAGCCGCAUUGCUUGUCUGGGAGCGUCAUUUAAGGGCUGCUGUGCAAACUGCACAAAUCCGGAAAUUUCCCAGUCGAGUAAGGCAACAGUUUUCUGGAGUGUGAAAAGGAAAAACAUUAUUACAAUCAUUUUAAGUUUUUAAGUUGAAACGCAGGUGGUUUACCAGGUCGCAAAUAUGAGAUCACUGAUUCUGCAACUUUGGUCGAUAGUUUUAUUUGCUGGGUGUCGAGUGAUGGGUUCCAACGUCUGUACCUCACGAGGAGGCAGCACGUGCAAACAAUGCCUGGCCACACACCCCAGCUGCGCGUGGUGCUUCCAGGAGGAUUUCGGACGCCAGCCGACCAGCAUUCCCCGCUGCGACCUGCGGGAGAACCUCCUAGCGGCAGGAUGCGCCAAAGGCCGUAUGGAAUUCCCCGUCAGUGACCUGGUGUAUGAGGAGAACAGGCCUCUCAGUAGCAGGAUCACCACCAACGUCAUCCAGAUGCAGCCUCAGAAGAUCCAAGUCACACUCAGACCAGAUGACUCCAAGCGCUUCACGGUGACGGUGCGUCAAGUGGAGGACUACCCAGUGGACCUCUACUAUCUGAUGGACCUCUCUUACUCCAUGAAGGACGACCUGAGCUCCCUGCAUGAUCUGGGUGACGAACUGGCCCGAUCCAUGGGGCAGAUCACCAGCAACCUGCGCAUGGGUUUCGGGGCGUUCGUGGACAAGCCCACGUCCCCCUACAUGUACCUCACCCCCCCGCAAGCUCUGAAGAACCCCUGCUACAGUAUUGGCAGAACCUGCCUACCCCAGUUUGGGUACAAGCACGUCCUCCCCUUAACGGACCAGGUGCAGCGCUUUGCGGAGGAGGUGAAAAAGCAGGACGUGUCUAGGAACAGGGACGCCCCCGAGGGAGGCUUUGACGCCAUCAUCCAGGCUACGGUGUGCAAGGACCAGAUUGGCUGGAGACCAGAGGCUUCUCACCUGCUGGUGUUCACCACAGACGACAAGACACACUCGGCCCUGGAUGGACGCUUAGCAGGCCUGGUGCAGCCCAACGACGGCCAGUGCCACUUGGGUCUGAACAGCGAGUACAAUAUGUCCACCAUACUGGACUACCCCUCAUUGGCCAUGUUGACGGAGAAGCUGUCCGAAAACAACAUCAACCUGAUCUUAGCUGUGACCCAAAAGGUUGUAAACCAUUACCAGAACUACAGUAACCUAAUUCCUGGGAGCGUGGUGGGAAGACUGUCCGAAGACUCGAGCAACAUCAUCGACCUUGUCAAGAAUGCCUACAUGAGAAUCCGCUCCAAGGUGGAGCUGGAGCUGCAGGGGCUUCCGGAGGAGCUGGCCAUCUCCUUCAAUGCCAGCUGCACCAACGGGCAGUUUCCCGGCCUCAAGUCCUGCGCCGGCCUCACCGUCGGAGACACAGUGUCAUUCAGCGUCGAGCUGCAGGCACGGGGCUGCCCCGCUGAGAAGAGCAAGACCUUCACGCUGAAGCCCAUCGGGUUCAGGGACGCGCUGCAGAUCGUGGUGAACUUCGAAUGCGACUGCGGCUGCCAGAAGCUGGCGCAGCCUGACAGCCCCGUGUGCAGCCAGGGCAACGGAACGUACGAGUGCGGCAUGUGCCAGUGCCUUCCGGGCCGGCUGGGCCCGCACUGCGAGUGCGCCCAAGACCAGUACAAGGCCACCAGCCAGGACGACUGCACUGCCAGUCCCGGCGAGCCUGUGUGCAGUGGCCAUGGGGACUGCGUGUGCGGUCAGUGCUCUUGCUACAGCCGCGGCUAUGGAAACGUCUACGGCCAGUACUGCCAGUGUGAUGACGUCAGCUGCCCGCUGUACAAGGGCAAGCUCUGCUCGGGUAACGGGGCAUGCGACUGUGGCCGCUGCCUCUGCAACCAGGGCUGGACUGGGGAGAACUGCAACUGCUCCAUGCUCACAGACAACUGCAUGUCCAGCACGGGCCUGCUGUGUAGCGGCUACGGCCAAUGUGUGUGCGGCACCUGCCAGUGCACCCAGCCGGGGGCCUACGGCAGCACCUGUGAGAGGUGUCCCACCUGCCCAGAUGCCUGCACCCUCAAAAAGGAGUGCGUGGAAUGCCGGAACUUCAAGCGAGGGAGGUUCUACGAUGACAGCAGCUGCAGCCACAUCUGCAGGGAUGACCUCGAGCUGAUAGAACAGCUAACCUUUCAGAAGAAUUCUGUGAACUGCAGCUACAAGGAUGAAUACGCCUGUGUGGUCCAUUUCCAGUAUGGGGAUGUCAAUGGCAGGUCCAUCCUGUCUGUGAUCAAAGACCUAGAGUGCCCAGAAGGACCGAACAUCCUAGUGGUGCUGGCCUUGGUGGCCGGGGCCAUCUUCUUACUGGGCCUGGCUCUGCUGCUCAUUUGGAAGCUGCUCAUCACCAUCCACGACCGGCGCGAGUUUAAAAAAUUUGAGGAGGAACGUGCCAAGGCGAAAUGGGACACGGGUAACAAUCCACUCUAUAAAGGAGCCACAUCCACCUUUACCAAUGUGACAUUUGGUGGUAGUACUCAAUGAGCUGCAAAUCUCAAGGAUGCUGGAAAGUCAGCGGUAACGUGACGGAGGGGCAGUUCCAGUUUAUUCCUUUCAUUCUGCUGGUAUUGAACACGUUUUUAAAUUCUGUCAAAAUUUAUUGAAUUGAGUAGGAAGGAAUUAAUCCUCUGCAGAAAAGUCUGCUGCUACUCCCGCAAGAUCAACAGCCAGCUCUUUUGUACACCCACAAAAUCUCCUCUCAUUUCUCUCAGCAUUCAGAGAAUUAAAAAAAUAAUAAUCUAGGCCCUGUGAGUGUGCAACACAAUAUUUGUAACAAAAAUGUUGAUCAGAGCUGUAAAUGUGCCGGCUGUGUCAAUAGUGUGUGUUGUGUGCAUGUCUGUGUGUGUCUGCUUGUCUUUUUAAAUUUGAAAUUAGUCGCUGUGACAAAUGCUCUAAAACAUGUCUGAAAAGCAACAGCAGUUAAUUACACCAGAGCACUAGCAUUGUUAUAAACAAUGCCAUUAUUCUAACUGUAGGAAACUCCCAUGUUUCCUAACUGAUAUGCAAGUCACAGACACGUUAAAGGGUUUGUUUCAUCAGGGGAUUAGGAAAUGCAAUAAUUUUUGUCUAGGUUUGUUGUUUUGCUUUUUUGGUGUAUGUUGGGCUUAUGUUUUUGAGACAAUAAACAGCAAUACUGUAUAAAAACAUAGGGAAGGAAA